AUGCUACAAACCCCAAAUUUCCCCUCGCCUACAGGCCCUACACCAACGCCUGUAUCAUCUACGGCAUACCCACCCGUCAAAAGGAUUUUCAGUACCAAUUCGAGACCAUCAAUUACGAAUGUUUGUCAUGGGUAAGUCAUGAACGAGUUGUUACUAUCCUCAGCUCCUAGCUCCCCGGUUCAUAUUUCCGAUCCCCAUCUCCAACGUGUUCUGUGUUGUACUCAGAAAAACUUGAUUGAUUCCUGAGUUACAAAUGUAUUUUGCACCAAACCGUCAAGUCCCAGAACCAACACUCUCACCUAUGCAAUAACUAACACAUUCAUCCCAGUGGACCCUUGAUUCCCGACGGUGGCCCAACUUCUAUCCCCAACGCCUCGAUUACCUACGAUGAACCAAAGCCUUCCGAAGCGCCCUCUCGUGGAUUUAUCUCCCUGAGCGUCGUAUUGGUUGUUGGUCUUGCUUUUGCUGGUCUUAUGGUGUAG